CCGCAGGAUGGAAUCAAUCAUCAAUAGACUGAGCAAGUGGAUGACAACUAUUCUAUUUAAUGCGUACAUUAUAUGGAGGCAUGAUGCAGAAACCCUUUGGUUUGCACUAGGAUGUGCUUUAAAUAUGAUGCUCUCGGUGGAGCUGAAGCAUAUACUGAACCAGGAAAGACCUUCUACCCUCAAAUCUGACCCUGGGAUGCCCUCUUCCCACGCCCAAACUUUCUACUUCAUUGCCAUGUUCACCAUUUUGUCAUGUAUCAAAUGGGCAGGGAUGAAUGAAUUCACCAUCACAGUCAGCGGACUGACACUGGCAUUUGGUUCUUAUUUUUCAUACCUAAGAGUGUCGCAGCAGUUUCACACAGUAAGCCAGGUGGUGGUGGGCGGAGGCAUUGGGAUGGUAUUCAGUUGGUCAUGGUUUUGGCUUUGGAAUACUUUGGUGGCCAGUGCGAUUGAAUCCUUCUUCCCUCUUAAACUCACCCUUUUUUCUGUCUCACCCGCAAUCUGCUUGGCUUAUACUUUAUAUUCCAUUCUCCAAUGGCUGCAACGACGAGCCUAAAGGUUCCUCCGUUAUUUCUUAUCUCUCUUCACAGUAUUUUGCACCAUGUUUCAUCUAAUUAGCUUAUUCAUGGCAGACUUCAACUGCUAAUUAAUCUGGUAAAUUGUAAAAAGUAUUAAUGAAAAGUCAUUCACUAG